UUUCCGUAACUUCUCGCGCCUCUUGAACAAGCAGCAGCAGCAGUCGCUCCGGGCCGGCGCAGCUGAGGACUGGAACGAUGAUGGCGACCGUCAAAGCGAGUCUUUAACACGAAAAAAAAUUGCGAAGCCAGCUCUACAAUGGAAGGACAUGUUUUCCCCGACCAAGAGCAGCUGUUGCAGUUUCUGAGGAGGCUCAAGGAGGUUUUCGACGUGUGUGACGAGGAUGCUGACGGCUUCAUCCGGGUGGAGCACUUGGAGGACCUCGGUCUUCAGUUCGGUCAAGGAGACGAGGUGAAGAAGUUAACCAGGUACCUGGAUCCUAACGCUCAUGGGAAGAUCAACUUUAAAGACUUUUGCCACGGAGUGUUUGCCAUUAAAGGUUGUGAGGAGAUACUGAAGAUGGCUGUGGGUCCUCGCAGCGUUAGCUCCAACCAGCCGUCUGUUACUGACAACGGUUACAUUUACCAGAACGGUGAGGCCAAGCUGGGCCCUCCCGUUAUCAUGUGCACGCGGUCCUACCCAGAAAGCAGCGUGUAUGGUGAGGGUUGUGGUGCCGACGGGGAGUGUGACAUGGACAGCAGCGCCGAAAACUCUUUGGAUCCGACACGGCAAGACAGACACCUGAUUGGCUCAGCGUCUGCGUCUGUCAUCUCCGGGGAGGAGCAGUUUGAAGAUUAUGGUGAGGGGGAGGAUGUGGAUUUUACCCCCAGCAGUCCUUGCCCUGAAGAUGACACCCGAACAAAUGGCUUCUCAGACCUGGGAUCCUCCCUUCCCUCCAGUGCUGGGCAGACUCCUCAGAAGAUGCGGCAGCUGUAUAACAGUGAGCUGCUGGACAUCUACUGUUCUCAGUGCUGCAAGAAAGUGAAUCUACUCAACGACCUGGAGGCUCGCCUUCGAAACCUCAAGGCCAACAGCCCUAAUCGAAAGAUUUCCAGCACAGCAUUUGGACGUCAGCUGUUCCAGGCCAACCACAGCGUGUUUGGGUCCAGUCAGGGCAGCAGCACAGAGGAUCUGUUCACAGACAGCAUCGACUCCUGCGACCUCGACAUCACAGAGAAAGUACAAACACACACACCCUCAAAAAUGCAGGCAGUUUUUGUACAUUUUGCAUGAAAACCCUUUUAAAAUGAUUAGCUGUUUGUUUCUGGUUCACCUGUCUGGUGGUAGCAAUAGCUGUAGUGGGUAGGAUGCCUCCUUUAAUUCCUUGGAUGCAUGGACUCAACAAUUCACUAAAAACCAUCCCAUUCUAUUUCAAACUGAGGUGAUUGCACCAUAGAGUUCCUUUUCACUAUAGUAUGUUAGUUCAAACUGUACAGAUCAUUGGAGUGAACUGAAGUUAGU